GGAUGUCAUCUCUGCAUCAGAAUGAAGUUCAGAAUGAAUAACUUUCAUCUUCUGCUGCUCUGCUUCUUCUCAGGAGGACUCUGCAGCAUCUCCGUCUUCACUAAAACUGAAGGAGACGAUUUGUCUUUUGGAUGCUUCUUUAAUUCCUCUCAAAGCCCCAAGUUCUUCGUCAAGGAGCAUGCGAAGGAAAAGAUUAUCCUCGAGACCAGAGGCGUCAGAGCCCAGAAGGGCAAAUACAGCAUUAAUUAUGACACAGAAUUCAAUGUAUUUUAUGUGAAAAUCACACAGCUGGAUCAGUCCGACUCUGGACGGUACAGAUGUGGUUUAGGCAACGCUUCCUGUCCACAGUCAGAGCGAGAGUUUGAAGUCAGAGUUACAGACGCAAUGUGUGAUGGAAACACAACUCUCAGAGAUCCAGUGAUCAGUGUUUGUACUGGAACCGAAGGUGGAAGUAUCACAGUCAGAUGCUCUUCUCCUUCAGCUGGACUCUUCAACUUGUUCUUCUGUAGGGACGCGUGUAAAAAGCAGGACGUUCUUAUAGAAAGCAGUAAGUUCAGUGCUCAGAGAGACAGAUACAGGAUCGACUACGAGAAGAACGGAGUGUUUGAUGUGACCAUUGCGGACCUGUCCAAGUCUGACUCAGGACUGUACAGCUGUGGCGUCAACGUGACUUCUGCACCGAAUCCCUGCCAGACGGUUAAGAUCAGCGUCAUAGACGCCGACCAAUCAAUGACACACACUUCCCUCUCCGGUCCAGGAAGCUGUGCACCUGCCUCAGCCAUCCCUUCCAUCGCCAUCCUACCCACAGGUGCAGGUCGAGACUGGCCAGACUGGCCAGACUAUGGGGAUACGUGGAGGCGGCGGGGGGAAACGAAAGGAGGUCGAGGCUUUUCAAAGCGAGUCUCUGAGAAUUUGGAGCAGCAGCAGAGCGAGAAAACAGGUUACCUCCUUCCUCUGGUUCUAUGUCUGGCCGGGCUUGUUGUGCUGGUGGCUGUUUUACUGCUCCUCUACAGAAAGAUCAAAAGGAACUCCUCUGGAUUAAACAUCGCAGAGUCGUCCUACACUGAGAACAUUGAGUGUUCCACAUAUUGAGCUUUGCUCCGGCCUCCAGACCAGCGGACCAACAGGCAUCGAGUCUAUUCUGUAUCAUUUCUAUAUCAUCUUUUGCCAUUUGAUGCACACUUUAUAUGGAAAUGAUGAGUCAGACAGCGACAGAGAUUAACUAUUGAUCCUUUCUGAAUCCUUCUUUGUCUGCUUGCAUUGACUAAUAAAACAGAUUCUUACUGAG